ACACCUGAUUGGCUGAAUGGUGACGUCACUUCCCAGGAGCUCCAAAGCGUUUCCAUCUGGAGUGGGAGGAGGAACUGUGGAUUGUUUGGGGGUGUAGUUGUCGUAGUUCGGUAGUACGAGCCCAGCAACCCUAAAAAUCGACUUGUCGUGGAAUAACAAACGGGAGCGAUGAGUCAAGUCAGUUUGACCCCGUUCGAACCACAACAACUAGUUUUUAGAGCGAUGUUUCGCAGAUGCUAACGCCGCUUUUCGCCACCCCCCGAGACCGCGGCGGAGUUGUGAGCAUGCGGCGUGAAGAAACUCGCUCGGUUUGAACCCAGUCGGCGCUCGGGACUUCCUCUGAGUCCAGCUCCGGGAGGAGGACAUGUGUGCUGGGGAUGGGCCUGUGUCUCGGGACCGACGCUACAGAGGAGGAGAAGAGGGCGAGGACACGGAGCGCCAAGAUAGACAGAGACCUGUACGAGGGCGCCAAGCGGGAGAUGAAUGUGCUUAAAAUACUCCUACUGGGUGCAGCAGAAAGUGGUAAAAGCACGUUGGUCAAACAAAUGAAGAUCAUUCACAGCAAUGGAUUUACCAAGCAAGAGCUCAGCAGCUUCAAGCCAGCAGUGUUGGAUAACCUCCUGACCUCUAUGAAGUUUGUUCUUCAUGGCAUGGGCGUCCUCCGCAUCAACCUGGCUAACAGCAGGAACAAGGUGCAUGCCCACUCUGUGCUGUCGUGUGGUCGCUCUUUUGACGAAGAUCAGAUCUUUUUUCCUUUCUUGGGCCACGCCCUGUCCUGUUUGUGGGGUGACCAGGGGGUGAGAGCUGCGGUGGCCCGGGGGUACGAGUACGAGCUCAAUGACUCAGCGCUGUAUUUCUUUGAAAAUAUGAGCCGCAUCUCGUCUCCGGACUACGUCCCCACAGAGAUGGAUGUUCUGCGCGUAAGACUGAGGACUACAGGCGUGAUAGAGACCCAGUUCAAAGUCAAGCACCUCACUUUCAGGAUGUACGAUGUCGGAGGUCAGCGAACGGAGCGGAGGAAGUGGAUUGGCUGCUUUGAAGAUGUCCGGGCCGUGCUCUUUGUGGUGUCACUUAGCGGCUAUGACAUGACCCUGGUGGAGGACCCCUCCAUGAAUCGUCUGCAGGAGAGCAUGAAGCUCUUCUCCUCCAUCUGCAACAAUGUGUUCUUCCGCAGUACAUCCAUGAUUUUAUUCAUGAACAAAAUUGACCUUUUCCAAGACAAGAUUCUGCACUCGGGGCGACACCUGCGCCAUUACCUCCCUCAGUUUAAAGGAGCAGACUGUGACGUGGAUUCGGCCGCCCGCUUCAUCGCCGCCACCUUUGUCUCGCUCGACGCCUCUCCCAGUAAACUCAUCUAUCACCACUUCACCACAGCCACCGACACCUCCAAUAUCCAGGUGGUCUUUCAGGUGGUCAUGGACACCAUUAUAAAAGAGAACCUGGAGGCCGUGUCGCUCCUAUAACUGCCAGAAAAUGUCUGGAGUCCCUUCGAACAAAGACCUAAACGGACCUAUACCAGGAGAUAUUUUCCCGCUCAUCCAUCAUCGUGGCGUCUCGAUCGACUUCCUGAGCGUCACACCCACCUAACUCUGAUCACUAUACAGUCGAAGCUGCAGCGUGUACUAAUUCAAAUCCUCACCUCACUAUGUCAUUCUUUAUAACAAUUAGUUAGUGCCAAAGAUUGAAAAUGUUAUAAGGUGUAUCUUAGGAAAGUUAGUGUUUAAUUACCUGUAUUUAACCUUCCAGGCUCGCACUAAACACAGUGCCUUUUAAAUGUGAAGCGGUUAGGCAUUACCUACACUGCAGUGACCGUUUGCAAUGUUCAUCUCUUUGUUUCAUUUUUAUGUCUGACUGGGAGUGAAAGGAACUGGAUGCCUUAUGUUGGUGAUUUAUGUUUUUGUGUUCUUAAUGUUCGCAGUACCUCCUGCAACUGCAAUACACAGUAAUAAAAAUGUGUGGCUGAAAUUUUG